AACACUCUGAGGAAGCAGCAAAUGCCCAACAGCAGCUCCAUGGCCCAGUUCCUGCUGCUGGCAUUCUCAGACAGGCGGGAGCUGCAGCUGCUGCACUUCUGGCUCUUCCUGGGCAUCUCCCUGGCUGCCCUCCUGGGCAACGGCCUCAUCCUCAGCGCCGUAGCCUGUGACCAGCACCUGCACACCCCCAGGGACUUCUUCCUGCUGCACCUCUCCCUCACAGACCUGGGCUGCAUCUGCACCACUGUGCCCAAAGCCAUGCACAACUCCCUCUGGGGCACCACAACCAUCUCCUACACAGGAUGUGCUGCACAGCUCUUUUCCUUUACCUUUUUCAUUUCAACUGAGUUUUAUCACCUCACCACCAUGUGCUACGACCGCUACGUUGCCAUCUGCAAACCCCUGCACUACGGGACCCUCCUGGGCAGCAGAGCUUGUGCCCACAUGGCAGCAGCUGCCUGGGCCUCUGGGUUUCUCACUGCUCUGCUGCACACAGCCAAUACAUUUUCCCUGCCCCUGUGCCAGGGCAAUGCCCUGGGCCAGUUCUUCUGUGAAAUCCCACACAUCCUCAAGCUCUCCUGCUCACACUCAGGCUAACUCAGGGAAAUUGGGCUCAUUGUGGUUACUAUCUGUUUCAUGUUCACUUGUUUUGUUUUCAUAGUUUUCUCCUAUGUGCAGAUCUUCAGGGCUGUGCUGAGGAUUCCCUCUGAGCAGGGACGGCACAAAGCCUUUUCCACGUGCCUCCCUCACCUGGCUGUUGUUUCGCUGUUUCUCAGCACUGCAACAUUUUCCAACCUGAAAACCCCCUCCAUCUCUUCCCCAUCCAUGGACCUGGCCCUGUCAGUUCUGUACUCGGUGGUGCCUCCAGCCCUGAACCCCCUCAUCUACAGCCUGAGGAACCAGGAGCUCAAGGAUACCCUCAGGAAAAUGAUGACUGGGGAUGGAGAUGACAGUGCCCUGGCUGUGACCCUGCACGCACAGGACAUUGGAAUACAGGCAGCACGUGUGUGCCCCGACUCCAUGGGCUCAUUGCUGGCAGGAGGGGACACACAGGGACGUUCCCCGGGCUCGGCCGUGGCCGAGCGGACCCCGCAGCAGCCGCGGGCCCGUCUCGGCUCCAAAGGCCGCCCGCUCCGCCCCUGGGCGGUGCUGAGGGAGCGGCGCUUCCAUUGCUGCGCCCUCAGGGCCUGA